CUACGUUACACUCCACCACAAAUCUCGAUUUGGUUUCGUUACGAUGCCUCGAUUGAUCUGGCCCGUUGUUUCUGGGGUCCUGCUGGGUACCUCAGUUACCUACGGUGCCUACCUCCACAUGACCACCACCGCCAACGGCAUUAAAAGCUCCUUGGACAACCAACGCGCAAUGUUCGACUCCCUCAACGCACCCUCCGUUCCCUUAGACCUCCACUCCACCCACAUCCCGCGCACAUUCACCGAACAUCUCGCAGACAGGUGGAACGCUGGUCUCGAAUCCGGAAUCAGAUACCUGCAGCAUGAUGUCGACUACGCCGCAAUCCCGAGCGAAAUUGUUCGAUUGGGACGAAGAGGGUGGGAGAAGGUACAGCAGAAGAUCGAUGAGGCGGCGGAGAAGAAGGCGGAGGCUGUGGAGGAUGCGAGGAGGAGUCGGGUUAAUGAGAAGAGGUUGUUGACGGAUGAACAUGUGGAGAGGGGGAAGAGGGAGGAGGUUUUGAUUGGGAAGGCAUGAGGGAGGGUGGGAGUGUAUGAUUCUAACCAAGCAUGACUUGAAUAUACCACAACUUAGAGAGAUUCGACUUCGACGAGCAAGGGGAC